UCCCGUCGCGGCUCCAGGCGCUGUCUAGCAGCGCUGCAGCACUCCGCCUGCUGCACGCCACACAGACGCCGUCACGCCGCUCCGGGACUCACUGGCAGGAUACCAACAAUGACAGACGAUUACAACUUCGUCGCUGCGACGCCUGAGCAGGUGGAGACCAUCAGGAAGCAGCUGGGGACGGACGAGGAGGACAUCAAGAAGACCAUCGCGGCUCUGCGAGAGUGGCUCAGAAUGCAACCGCAUCUGCCCGACGCGAUAGAUGACGCCCACAUCGAAAGGAUGUACAUUCACUGCAAGUGUAGCACAGAGAAGGUUAAGAAAGGGUUGGAUGCCUACUUCUCAAUGAGGAACAGGUAUCCAGAGAUCCUUAUGAAUCGCGACCCUUUGGGGCCUGACAUUAAACACACCAUGAAGCACAUGAAGUUCGCGGUGAUGCCUCGCCUUACUAAGGACCUGCACCGCGUGCACAUCAUCGGAGGCAUUGACCCAGACCCCACGUGGGUCUCGUGGCCAAAGCACGGAAAAACCGCCUCCAUAGCCAUUGAGAUGAUGUACUUUGACGACUAUUCCCUCGGAGACGUCGUCAUCUACGACAUGACGAAUCUGAAUGCUGGACACGUCUUACGUACAGAUAUCAAUAUUGUACGGGCACUGGAAAUCGGCUACAAGACUGCCUACUGCCGAAGGCUGAAAGCAUUCCACAUUUUAAAUGCGGACAAAAUUAUUGAUUUUGUCAUGAAAAUUGUGAAGUCAGCUCUAUCAGAAAAGUUGCAGAAUAGGGUACACGUCCAUUUACCAGGAUCAACGACGCUGUUUGACCACGUGCCAAAGGAGUAUCUGCCGGAUGAACUAGGAGGCACGGCCGGUCCUUUCGAUAAAUUUGCCUAUGAAUUCAUCAGGAGAGCGGAGAAGAAGCGAGACUGGUUCGUGGAGCAGGACCGCUACACCUCUGACGAGAGCAAGAGGCCUGCAGACAGCCACCACCCCGACGACAUGUACGGUGUGGCGGGCUCCUUCAAGAAGCUCUCAGUCGACUGACGCCGUCACAGUUCAUUUUGUAGAUUCUGGCACUUGUGAUAGAAAAUUGUGAUGUAUACGUCUCACGAGAGGUCUUACUAUAGAUUACAGGGACCUCUGUUACCACACUGCACUUUCCGUGUAAAGCUUUCGUCUGUCUCUGUUUUGAAAUGUGGAUGAAUUCGGAGAAAGUAAUAUUUUGUUCCAUUUUUUCUUUUAUAUUCCUCUCCACUUUGAUGUUUAUUCACAUGCUACAAAUAAACCAUGUAUACUUCGGAAGUGUAUCCAACAA